UCUGAGGUUUUGGUCUUCUCUCCAUCAACUGAACUCACUACCUCUGUUCUUGAAGAUUGUAAAGUUGCUUUCCACCUAAUCAUUCCCUCACAAACACACACACACGUGAUUUCAUUACUCGUGUUCAUGGAUGUUCUGAAGCCAUUAUCCACUCAAAACCCUCAAAUCUUCUAUGGCUCAUCACUUUCCUCUAUCCGUAAUUCUAUCAAAGUUUAUAGAAGCAAAGACCCACCAAAUUUCAGAAGGCCAUUCUUCAAAUUCCGUCUUAACACAUCUCCAAUUUUAUUAAAUUUCCCACUUCAGAGCUCGAGAAAUUUCAGAGUUUCAGUUCGUUUCGACAGACCAACCAAGCGCAGGAAAAAUCAUUUAAGGGAAAAGCUCAUUGAAGAACAGGUACGUCUGAAUCCUUCAAUUAAUCAUGAUCCAAGUUCUAAACUUGAAAACCCCGUUCGUAAAAUUGAUGAUAUCAAUGAUUCCGUAUCAAAUUUGGUGAAUUUCAACGAUGAUGUUGAUUAUCCGGUGCCAGUUCCUGAUAACAGUAAGGUAUCCGACAGUACAGACGCUUUGAAAUCCAACAAUGUUUUGUGGGAUCAGUUGGAUAGUUGGGCUAGUCAGUACAAGGCUGAUACAGAGUUUUGGGGUAUUGGGUCUAAUCCUAUAUUUACUGUUUUACAAGAUUCCAGUGGUAAAAUAGAGAAGGUAGAUGUUAAUGAAGAUGAAAUCUUAAGAAGAAACCAAAUCGAGCCAUCAAUUUAUAACCUGAAAGAGGUAGAACAUGUAAAACAAGUGCAAGACAAGAUUUCCCAUGCCAAGUUUUUAGCUAAAGAGAUGGAGAUUGGAAAAACUGUGCUUCCACCAAAUAGUUCAGUGGCAAAAUUUGUAAAUUCUGGUGAGAAAUCGGGCUUUCUUGGUACAAUUCAAAGUUUUACUAGUAAACCUGGUUUUCUUCCCAAAUUUUCUAAAGUUGGUGUAUCAAUAUUUUGUGGGUUUCUCGUGUUUUUGGCUUUGAAGGGAGUUUUUGGCAAAGAAAAGGGAGAUAAAGAAGAGUAUUCUAGUUUAGAGAAAGAGAUGUUGAGAAGAAAAAUAAAAGCUAGGUCUGUUAAAGAGAAAUCAAUAAAGGGCAGUGUGGAAGUAAUUCAAGAUUCUAAAAAGCCUGAAAUGGUGUUUACAGAAAGGCCAAGGGUAGAUAAGGAAGAGCUUAUGAAUAGCAUUGUGAAGGUGAAGUCAUUGAAUGAUAAUUCUUUUGAUUUUGAUGACAAAAUCGAAGAAAUUAGAGCAAUGGCAAGACAUGCAAGAGAAAUUGAGAAAACAGAUAGUAACAAAAGUAACGAGGACAAUAAUGAAAGUAUAAACAAUGAACCAAAUGAAAAGGAAGUGAACCGUAUUGAACCCACAUUUCUUGAUAAUCCAGAGAAGGGUAAUAUAGUAAAUUCCGAUGUUUUAAAGUUGGAAGUCCCAAAUAACAAUGGAAGUGUUGCACAAGGUGUAGAUACAGAAAAAGCUGAGAAGAAAUCAGUAAGGAUUCUUAGUUCUGUCAAAGAAGCAAGAGAAUAUCUUGAUAAGAAAAAACUUGACAAGAAAGAGAAGGGUAAUAUAGGAAAUCCCGAUGUUCCAAAGAUUGCUAAUGAUGGUGAAAUUCCUAUGGCUUCAAAGAUUGGUGAAGAAGAUGAGAAAUCAGAAUGUGUAAAAGGUAGCAAUGAAAAGGUGAAGGAAUUAGGAAGAACGGAUCGUGAGAAGUGGAUGGAGGAUAAUUUCCAUGAAUUUAAGCCAAUAGUUGAGAAGAUCAGAGGUGGAUUUAGAGAAAACUACAUGGUAGCUAGAGAGAAAGUGAAAGAAGAUGUGAAUCUAAUCUUAGAGCUGAAAAUGCUUGAAAAUGAUGAAAAUGAAAGUGAAUUUGAAUGGAUGAAAGAUGAGAAACUUAAAGAAAUUGUGUUCCAAGUAAGAGAAAAUGAGCUUAUGGGUCGAGAUCCGUUUUAUCUAAUGGAUAGUGAAGAUAAAGACUUGUUUUUUAAAGGUCUUGAGAAGAAAGUUGAAAAAGAAAAUGAGAAAUUACGUGUUCUUCAUGAGUAUGUUCAUUCAAAUAUUGAAAAUCUUGAUUAUGGUGCAGAUGGCAUUAGUUUGUAUGAUCCUCCAGAAAAGGUGAUACCCAGAUGGAAGGGUCCCCCACCAUCUACAACAAUCACCCAAGAAUUCCUUGAUCACUAUUUAGAUCAAAGGAAAGCACUUUUUGCUGAAACCUUAGGAGGGGGGAAUUCAAAUCUUGUAAACAUCGAUACACAAAACUCACUUCAACCUCAAGGUGCUAAUGAAAAAGAUGAAAAGGAGGGUAUUUUGGGAAGUUCAAAAACCGUAAUAGAAGGUAGUGAUGGGUCUAUUAAACCUGGGAAAAAAUCCGGGAAAGAGUUUUGGCAACACACAAAGAAAUGGUCACGUGGAUUUAUAGAUUCUUAUAAUGCUGAAAAUGAUCCCGAAACUAAAGCUGUUAUGAAAGAUAUUGGAAAAGAUUUGGAUAGAUGGAUCACAGAGAAAGAGAUACAAGAUGUUGCUGAUAUAAUGGAUAAAGUUCCUGAAAAGGGUAAAAAAGUCAUUUCAGAAAAAAUCAAUAAGUUGAAGAGAGAAAUGGAGUUAUUUGGCCCACAAGCUGUUGUGAGCAAGUACAGUGAGUAUGGAGAUGAUGAGGAAGAAAUAGAUUAUUAUUGGUGGCUUGAUCUUCCAUUUCUACUGUGUAUUGAGUUAUACAUUGAUGGAGAUGAAGAUGAAAGAAUUGGAUUCUAUUCAUUGGAGAUGGCAUCGGAUCUUGAAUUAGAUCCAAAACCGCAUCAUAUUAUUGCUUUUGAGGAUGCGGGUGAUUGCAAGAAUCUUUGUUAUAUUAUACAAGCUCAUAUGGAAAUGAUUGGAAAUGGGAAUGCAUUUGUUGUGCCACAAUUGCCUAAGGAUACGUAUCGUGAAGCAAAGGCAAAUGGUUUUAAUAUGACGGUUAUAAGAAAAGGGGAGCUAAAAAUGGAUGUGGAUCAAACAUUGGAAGAGGUGGAGGAAAAAAUUGAGGAGAUUGGAAGCAAAAUGUACCAUGAUAAAAUCAUGAAGGGUCGAAAUGUAAAUGUUGAUUCGGUAAUGAAAGGUGUUUUUGGACUAAAGAAACCGACCAAAAGACGAAGAUCAAGAAAGAAGUUAAGGAGGCCAACUAUAUGAUGCUUGUUUGUGAUGUUGAACCAAGUUUGACUUUAGUGUUGUUAGAGUGGUCCUCAUGUGUUUGCCUUAACAGUAAGGAAGUGAGAAUCUAUGAGCGAUGGUCUUAGUUGUCAGGUUUCUAGUGGGACACUGUGAUUCAUCUUCUCAUGUUGGAUGUGGGACCGGUUGGUGGUUGGUGAGACGUGAGAAAGGUCAUGUAUACUUAUUUUUUUGUUACAACAGUAUUAUGCCAUCCACGGAAAUAUGAGGUAUCGUGGUUAUAUGUAAUUUACUUAUGGCGUCUUAUCACGAUGUGUCAGGUGUUUACUUUGAUGUGGGUCAGGUGUUCAACUAAGAGUGUUGGCAGAGCUUUGUGUUUUAUCUUUAUAACUUCGAGCAUCUCUAAUGGUA